AUCCCUUUAGUAUAUACUUGCUAUCUGUCCCCCCAAACAUUAUUUUUUAAGCCAUUUUUCUUCAUCUACUCUUGGCAAUCUCUUCUCCUUAUUAGUUUAAGUUUGAGAAAGACAUGGAGGCAAUGAAGGGAAGAGGAGAAGUGAGAAAAGUCAAUGUGGUGUACUUCAUUAGCCGUGAAGGCAAAGUUGAACAUCCUCAUCUGAUACGUGUGCACCAAUUUCGUGGUCAUGGUGUUCACCUUCGUGAUGUGAAGAGAUGGCUCUCCGCUUUGCGAGGAGACGGCAUGCCGGACUCGUUCUCAUGGUCUUACAAAAGGAAGUACAAGAGUGAGUAUGUAUGGCAGGAUCUAACCGAAGAUGAUCUCAUCACUCCAAUAUCAGACAAUGAGUACAUCCUCAAGGGCUCAGAACUCAUCAUGAGAUUUGAUCAACAAGCUCGAAUUCAGAAAUUCAAUACAUCUCUUUCUUCUGGCAAGAUAGUAGAUCCUUUUGGAACAAUAUCAAACAGUCCAGAAUCUGGAGUUUCAUCAGUAAUAUCAUCCGCGCCACUACCACUGAGCCAAGACACCUCCGAUGAGUCAUCUAUAAUCAGUAUCGUUUCCAAGAAAUACGAAAAAGAUGUGCUGAAUACCGAAAAUGAGAUUGUCAAUGAUAACAAGAACAUGGAACACAUUCCUCAGGAUUAUAUUAGAAACUUCAGAACUAGAAGUUGCAACAAGAACAAUAGCCACAACUCCAGCCAAAAAGCUUCGCGAGUACUCCGAAACCUCAUGCACUGUGGCACUGUAGAUAUAAGUGAUUCGACACUCCGGCCGGUGAAGCCGCCUGUUACCGGUCAGCAGGUUAGCAUUGAGGUAUUGUCCCAACGGAGGUCACUUGGUGGUGAUGCAAGAUAUCAUGAGCAGAAGCAGCGUGACAACUCAAGUCAUUCCUUUUCUUAUGCAAGGAAAAAGUCAUCAACAAGCGAAAGCCAACGAAGAAGUUACCGGCCAGUAGUAGAGCCCAAAUGCUCGCAAUGUGGGAAAAAAUUCAAACCAGAAAAGCUCCAUAUCCACAUGAACUCAUGCAAAGUUCUAAGAGAAAAGAAAAGAACUUGGAAAAGGAUACAAUUAGAACAGAGAAAUGGAGAGAAGAAGCUAUAGAAUCAAUUAUGGGAAUGCUGUCAAGUAUGUGAAUAUCUUCAAGUUAAUCUGUUUUUCUUUCAUAUAUUAAAUUGAUUAAAAAACUAUUUAUAAAAUACUAGAAUCUGUAUUUUUUUUGUGAAAAAUUGUGUCAUAUAUAAAGACU